UCACUAGUUCAGUUGAAUGCAUGUUAUAGUAUUGCUUCAGUUCACUGAAGAAAUCCACCUUUUUGUAGCUUCUAUCUUGAAUUAUCUCUACUAGAGAAGCAGCCAAGUGAUUGUGUUUAAUUGAUUAAAAUCUGCAUACUGCUUAUUGAGGCUGAAACAAUAACAAAGCAAAACAUUGGACGAACAGCUGUGGGAGUAUGAUUGUAACAUAAAUUUUUAAGUUGGAUUAACCUGUGUGCAUCACACGCCAGUUAUAGCAUUGGAUUGCAUUGAACUGCACAGCAAUAUUUGUUGCACAACAAGUCAUUUGAUUGUUGAAUAUUUGCUGCCUUUUUAUUGGUACUUGUGGAAUUUCUAGAGAUAAUAAAUUCAAUCAUCGAAGAGCUGAAAACCUGUGCAUUGUAAAAGAUUCUUUUUACUGGCAAUGUAUGACAUUUAGCUUGCAUUACAACAAAUGGAAAGAUUUCAUGCUUAACUAGCUCUUUCAAUGCAUGGCAAGUUUUCUUCAGAGGAUGUUGGCUGUGUGUUUGAGGUACCAAGAUUUUUUCUUUUUUAAAGAACAAAUCUGUUCUCAGGGAGUACUGCAUAUUCCUUGUAAUGAUAGGUGUGGCAGUGGAGUGUGGCUUUUCAUGAUGUGGUGAUCUUAAGAUCUAAUGUAUGAGACACGCGACAGGAAAUAACAUUGAACCUCAGUCACUUCAGGCCAUUAAAACAGCCAUCUUGGAAAGCAGAUAUUUAGAAUUCAUUCUCGUUUUUUUUCUCGAGGGGAAAUCCCAACAUCAUGCUAUGACAGUGUAGCUAAACACCAUAUGAAGUCUUUUCAUUGAAGUAUAGAAUUUCAUGGAUGUUUAGGUUUUACCACAAAUUUGAUAUCCUUGUUCAAGACAAAAAGAAUAGUGCAGGUAGGAGGACAUGGUUGUGAGUAAUGUCACAGAAGCGGGGUUGGCAAUUAGCUCAAACAAUCUGUAGCACUUCCUUAUUUUUUGAGUUAUUUAUCUCAGUGUUAGACUUUGAACUUGUUUCGUUAACAAUUCACUUCUCAACGAGGGCUAAUUCCGUCAAGUUCAUGACUUCAGAGAUACUGCUCCAUUGUGUUCUGUUAUCACUGAAGCUUGUCAGUCAUUACGAUUCAAGGUAUUAGAUGGUAGCCAUCGUGAGAUACUUGCCAGACAGACUGUCAUUGCCUACAAGAAGCUUCCAUGACAUUUCUGGACUAAGGAACUGAGUUACCAGGAAGCCAUCAGGGACGUCUGCUUGAGGAUCAAAGCAUUGUCACCCAACCUUCCAUUUGUGCUUUUACAAAUUUCAAUUCCAACAUCGUACACUAUUCUGUGGAACAAUAGUUUUUUAGUCUGAACAGCAAAACUUUAAGUAUUGAUUGGCAACCACUGUUGUAAUAAAAGACUGUUAGCAUAAGGAUCCAAUUUUCUUGAGUAAAUGCCGUAUUGUUGAAAGAAUAACUAGAUAUGAAUCAACGAAGAAAAACGUUAACUGUUCCAGAGGGAAGUUCACCAGAGACUUCACCACACAGUUCUCCUCGAUCAUCACCAAUCUUCUCCAGAAAGUCCUACAUUCGGUUCCGUUUCCACAAUUUCUUUGGUGGUGACACACAGAGUCAAACAACAGGUGACCAGCAACUGGCUGCAGAUCCAGGUGACCUGUUAAAGGAUUCCAACUCUAACACACCAAAGACUGCAGAGUCUACACCUCCAAAGGAUAUCCAGACAAGUACUCUACAAUCGCCCAGUACAACCCCUCGUGGAGGGAAACCAAGUCCACCACCUAAACCAAAUACAACACCUAAAACACCCAGGAGAACUCCCCCACCUCGUCAAGACUCACUGCACACCUCACCAACCCCUGAGUUGGCUGUUAAAGGAAGUCCCCGUCCUAUUCCAAGAAGAAAACCAAAGCCAGAAACCAGAACUAUUGCAAUUCAGACUGAUAAUUCCCAUACACCAUCAACCUCGACAGAUUCACCUCAAAUACAAGGAUCACCAGCAAGGGUCUUUCCAACUCAAGCAAGUAUAACGAUUCCUGAGCAGGCUGUUCUACGACAGUCUACACCUCACACUAGGGUCAGUCGAGCUGUUUCUAUUGCUGUUGAUUCUCCUACUACUCAUCUUGCUGGUACCUCACAGGAGAAACCUACCAAGAUCAGAUGGGACCUCUCACCUAGUCCAAGGAAUAGGGCAUCAUUGAGAAGAGAAAAGUCAAUCAAGCAACGGAGAGAAGAGGAACGUCUAAUUAAGCAGUCUAGAGUUCUUGGUAGUUCAUAUGAACUAUCUCCUGAUCUUCAACAAAAACAGGUUGAGAUGCUAGAGAAGCGUUAUGGUGGUCGUGCCAAGGCUCAGAAAGCAGCUCUAGUAAUUCAACAAGCAUAUCGCAAGCAUGAACUUCAGAAAGAAUUUCAGCGACUCCGGAGAACACGUUCUGAUUCGCGGAUCUCAAGCUAUCUAAAGAACUACUCUGCUAAGGUUCACUCUAAAUAUAGCAAUCGUGCAAGGGUAAUGGUCAUAGAAGAUGCUGAUUCAUCAACUCCUGUGAUCAAAGAUACAAAAGGAACUAUGAGAAAAUUGGAAAAAUCAAUUGAUGAGGGGGCAGAAGAGCUUGCCAGUAUAACUAGAGAACUUGAGUCCCAAGCUAAACAAGCUAUAAAUGAGAGCAGUAUAUCCCCUGUUGUGCGAUCAACACCAACAGAGCAGCAUCGGAAUAAUAGCAAUAACGUCUUUCCGAAGGGAAUAGUGACUCCUAAAGACAAGGGUAGCAGUGGAGAAGUUGAUGAAGUAAAAGAGGGAAGUGGGAAGAAAGUUGUUGUCACUCUGACAAUGACAAAGCACAAUUCAUCUACAGAACUCCAAGAACGUAGUACACCACCCCGAUCAGAAAAGACCAUCAUUACUCAGAAAGAUGUUAUAAGAGUUCAGUCACAGGAGGUAUGGAAGUCCCCUCCCACCAAAGGUUCUUCCUCACCACCACCACCAAUCUCACCUGGUAGUUCACCUCCAAGUGGUGGUAGGGCAGUCACUAAAAUUAUCACUACAAAUAGUACAAGUGAGAAACAGGUAGCAAGGAAAAUAUGCAUACCUGACAUAGCAGGGAGCCCUCCAGUAGCUCAAAACAUUAGCCCAGGAGCUGGUGUCCAUGUUCCAAGUCCAGUGGUAGUAAGGGCAAGUGAGAUGCCAUCAAGUACCCAUUGUGGGUUUGUACUGACUGGAAUCAAAGAUAACUCUAUGGGUAAUGGAAGUGAAAGCCCUAAAAUCAGCAGGCCUAUCAAGACUGUUUCUGUAGGUAAUGAUGUCAUGUCUCCUGUUAUUGAUCGUAAGAUUGUCAAGAAAGAGAGUCCUAUGGUUCAGUCUCCCCCUAUCGGGGUACUUAGGGAAUCAAGAAAGUCCCUUGACCAGGCAGCUGAGAAAAGUCAUGUUUCCCCAUCGACUGAACAUAUGGAAGUUGGGCAAGAUAGCAGUUAUUCCCGCCACCCAACAAGGACAGAUUCAAAUGUUGUAACACAGGAAGUGGGAGACAGGAAGCAGCGUGUAGGUAUUGAACAGUCAAUAGAAACCAAUUCUCUACGAGCCAGCCACACGCCGGUUAGCAUGAGACAGGAAAGCAGUACAGAUAAGAAGAGAGAGUCUGUAAGUAGUGGUGGAAGUACUUGUACAGAGGGUGAUGUAAACAUGGAAUACAUACUAGGUGGUCGAAGAUUGACCAACAUACGAGCAGAUGAUAGUGUAUCAACUACAUCAACUGUUAGUGGUGAGAGCUUUGAGGUCAUCAAUGUUGAACAUAGUAGCUCUUCAGAUGUACCAUCUGUUGUUGUGGCGACGCCUGAGGGCUCACUCAUGGAUUUUAUCCACUCAACGGAUUCUGAAGGAUCAGAUACAGAGGGUGAAUUUAGAUCACGUUCUCACUCGGGAUCAUUAGGCAAAAACCAAAAUGUUGCAAUCACAGCUAAAAGACGCAUGGCCAAAGCCAAUAGCACCGGACAAAUGAACUCACCAGUGUGGAAACGUAAGAAUCAAGAUACUAGGAUAGGAACGCGGAAUGGAACACUUAUGAAUGGAUCAGCUACUCCUGUUAGAAUGACAAGAUCAGACACUGGUGAUAGUAUGAGCAGUGAGAGUAGUGGAUCAUCUAAAUAUACCUUCCCCGAUGACUCAAGCAUAUCAGAGAGUAAUGACACAUUACCAGGAGAGAUAGAAGAAUUAUGUGAAAAAAGACCAUUAGUUCCAUCAUUAUCAAUUCCUAUGACACCAUCCAGAAGAAGGAGAUAUAGAGUUGGAAUAAACCUAUUCAACAAGAAACCUGAGAAAGGAAUCAAGUUCUUAAUUGAGAACAGGUUUAUAGAAAACUCUCCUCAUGAGGUUGCGAAGUUUCUUCUGAAGAGGACUGGAUUUAGUAAACAGAAGAUUGGUGAAUACCUUGGAAACCUUCAAAAAGAAUUCAAUCAGAUGGUGUUAGAAUGUUUUGUUGAAGCUAUGGAAUUCAAGGGUUUGACCAUCGAUGAGGCGCUGAGGAAAUUCCAGAUGUCUUUCUUGCUUCCUGGAGAGGCACAGAAGAUUGAAAGAUUAAUGGAGGCUUUCUCCAAGAGGUAUUGUUACUGCAAUGCUGAGUUUGCAAACAGCUUCCAUAAUUUGGAUACUAUCUUUAUCUUAUCCUUUGCUAUCAUCAUGCUUACAACGGAUCUUCAUAAUCCUAAUGUUAAACCUGAGAGAAAGAUGAGAAUGUCUGACUUCAUUAAGAAUCUCAGUGGUAUUGAUAAUGAGCAUGACUUAGACCCUGAGCUGUUAACAGGGAUUUAUGAACGGAUUAAGAAGAAAGCCUUUCAACCAGGUGAAGAUCAUGUGACUGCAGUACGUAAACUAGAAGCUAACAUCAUGGGAGAGAAACCAUUCCCUCUUGCUGAGCCCCACAGAAGACUGGUCAGCUCUUGUAGUCUCCUUGAGGUUAAUGAUCCCACAAAGAAAGAUAAGAAACACAUCAGAGAAGUCUUCCUCCUUAAUGAUAUGAUACUGAUCACCAAGCUAUACAAGAAGAAAACUGGGGCUAUCUUGGGAUAUAAGAAGAAAGUACUUCUACAGGGAGCUACUGUACUAGAGUUCUCAUCACAACACUAUCCAUAUGGUAUCCGCCUGGUUUCAAGACAAGACAAGACGUUAGCAUCAUUCUGUGCCAGUCAUCCUGAUGAUAGGACUAAGUUUGUAGGUGAUAUCAGAGAAUGUAUCCUAGAGAUUGAAGAGAUGGAAAGUCUCAGAAUAGAAGCUGAACUUGAGAGACAGAAGAUGAUUCGUAAGAGUCAAGCGAGUACAUCUGAUUCUGGAGUAGGAUUGGAUACAGAGAGUUUAGCUAGUACACAGAAUCUGAGUGGUAGUAUGGAUUCAUUAGCACCACCUCUCAAAGAUGGUAGUCUCAAGAGAACAACUCUAUCAAAUUCACUCAUGGAUCUCAAAGAAGCAGCAAAUAAGUCAGACCAUAGAAGCAGUGUAAGCUCUCUAGACAGUGGUGUGCCAAUUGAUAUCAACGCCACCAUGCCACUACCAAAGAAGAGUCGUUCACCUCUUCCUAGUUCCAUGUGGGGAAGAAAGAAGCAGGUUCCUACCAAUAGAGGUCCACCUGGUAUAACCCCAUCUCCCCAUGCAGAAUCUAAUGCCUGAUGAUCUACCCCUCAUAUUCACCUGAUCAUAUUGGUUCAGGUGAAGCUAGUCGAUGGUGCUUCCCAAGAUAAUAAUACGGGAAUGGAUGGUGUGCUAUCCUAGAAGCGGCAGCAGGUCCAGUGCCAAGCUGUUCUCAGGCUGUCAGCAUUUCAAGAGUUGCAGGAGCCACUGCUAAUUUGAUGAAUGAGAUGAUGAUCAAUCAAGACAGUGUCGCUGGGUGUAUCUUACAUGUAGCAGCUUCAGUGGUGUAUGGCUGUAGGUUGAUGAAAUGCUCAAUACACUAUUGAUCAGUGCUCAGAGUUCAUUGCUUGCAUAAUAGAUUAGAUGCAAUAAUACUUAUGAACAGUAAUAGGCUAGUGAGCAAGAUUUAUGAACAAAUUGCUUUAAUUAUUUAUAUAACAAGCCAUGAAGAGAAAACUGGUACAGUCUUCUAGCAUGUUACAGUGUGAAGACGUCAAACUGGUGUGAACUGGUAGAUCUUGAAUAUAAAUCAAUUCCAAGGUAAUUUCUUCCAAGAAUGGAGUACCUUGACAUUGCACGAUUUGUAGGAUAGAAGAAGAGCUCUCACAUAGUUCUGAACACUGUGUAAAAUGCACCAUAUCUGUUGUCAUAGUGCUCUAUCUUCAUGUCUUGCCAAAGAUUGAAUAUAAUAAGGUCAAAGGUUAGUUUGUGAUCAGUUAGAAAACAAUAACCAUCGAGUUAAGAUUAACUGUCAUCAGAAAUUACCAGCGAGCAUUGAUCAAAGGUUUUAUAAAAGAAUUCAAUGCUUCAAUGAAUGAUGCAAGAAAAAUAGUGAUAUGCACUAAAAUAAAAAAAAACAACAAUAUUUUCUAUCUAAUUUUAUAACAAAAUCUAAUGUAAAAAUUUGAUUACAUCUGUGCAGCAAAGGUAACAAGGGGAAGAGAAAUAAAGAGUAGAUCAUUGUAAAAAUUUCUAAUGCCUUGUUUGUAUUCUUAGUUUGUGUAUUGUGGAGAUGAUUAUGAUGGCAUAAAGACAUCAUAAUUAGUGAUUCAAGAAUUUCAGCAUUAGUCUACCAAGAGACAUUAUGAUUUAAUUGUGGUUCUUAUACACAUAAACUAAAGCACAGAACUAAAUAGCAGUAACAGGGAUCUCACUUUCCAACAUAUUUUAGCCAUAGAAAACACCUUUUUCAUCUAGGAAAGGGGUCAUUUGUUUAGGAUUUUCAGACCAGAAUUUUUUAAAAUUAAUUUUUAAGUGGUAUCCCUGAGUAAAUACAAACCUCCUUAAUUAGUUACUUUGUUUCUUCAUGAGUUAACCCUUGUAUAGCCCAUGUAUAGCUUAUGUAUUGUAACCUUCAGUAUUUUUUCAUUUUAAUAGAAACAUAUUGGCUUCCCAUACAAACUCUUGUGGACUCACUUGAAUUUUGAGAUAUUGUUUGGGAAGUAUAGACUAACCUGAAUUCAUACAUGUGUGGUAUUAGUUAUAUCCCAGAAUAUAUUUUAAUUCAAUCAGUUUUAACUUUUAACAGUCCUGUGGAUAGAGACGUUCAAUUUGUAUUGACUAUUCAGAUUUCACUAUUUAUCAAAUGGAAUGAAAACCAAAUCAAUGCACAACAAGAUGUUGAAGGAAGCAGACCUAUUAAGUCUAUUUGCAUUGUUUUGAAAUUGGAAGUGAAAAUAAGAAUGAAAUUGAAUGCUUGUUGUGCCAUUUCAAUAAUGUAGAUAUAGAUUACAGAUCGCUUGUCUUACAAGUGUAUUAUUUCUAUUCAGAAAUAUUCUAUACUACAUAGAGCAAGGUAAACCGACUUAACAUGUUCAUGAAUAUAGUUCAUUGACGCCCAAAAUACUUUAACUUACAUAUUCUGUUUAGAUAAUUUAUUAUCCUCUUUGUAUUAGAAAUAUAUUUUAUGCAUAUUAUAUAUAAACUUUUCUUUUAUACUUUCAAAUACAAAUUUUGAAAACAAAAAAUCUGAGAAAUAAAGAGUAUGUCAAAGAAUGUGAUGGUCAUCAGAAUUUUUUUUAAUUAAAAUUGCAUUUAAUAGAAGCCAAUUUAUCCUAUUAAAAAUGAGAUAAAUUCUGCACCAGGUGGCCAUUAUAGUAAGCACCGCACCUCCACCCCGAAUAGUUGAAGCCAAAAAAAUGCUGUUUUCAAUGCUGGCAUAAAUUGAAGCUGUGGUUUUUUUUUUUUUGGGGGGGGGGAUUAACUAUUGUCAUCCCUGACUUGGAUAAUGUGAUGUCAUGUAUGUAUGCCAGGAUUGUCUGUGUUUAAACCAAUAUCAGCCUAUUCUGAAUGGUAUCCACUCAGUUUAUUGCAACAAUCUCUCAAGAAAGCUGCACUUAGAAUAGAAGAAAUAAAAAGGUAAUAAAAAUAUAUAUAUGAAGUAACAUUGAAAAUGUACCUUGCCCAGAUUUCUGAUUGUAAAUCAAUGUAUUUUAAAUGUGCAAUGAUUAUCAUAGUAACUAAAAUGAUUACAUAUGUUUAUUAUUAUAUUAUGCAUGCAUACCCAACUUAAAGAAAAGAAUGUUAUUUUUCAACAAUUCGUCUGUUGCUUCAGCAAUUUUAAUUUAUUGUCGCUUUACAAAGAUGUAGCAAUGAUAUUUUGUUGAAAGUUGAAAUAGAUAUUUAUAAUUUUGUCAAACAUAUUUUCAUUUUUAUACAUUUUUUUUCAAUUGUCACAGCUCGUGCAUAUAAUUUGCAUUAAAAAUUGAUAGCAAAAACAUAUAUUAAAAGUCAUACUGUUUGUAAUUUAUCUUAAAUAGUCUGUGAAUGUUUGUAAAUUGUAACACUUGCAUGUAAGUGUACUGUAAAGAGAGCUUCAAAAUUUCUUUUUGAAAGGAAAUUAAAAGAAUUGUCUAUUAUUUCAAUAAAUUAUGGAAAUGAA